AUGACACAUGCAAGUCUCGUGCUGAAGCACCCCUUGUUUGGAUUGGAGAUGCAGCCCUUGGCUUGCAUCUGUGCAAAUUUUGACAAGAUAGCACAUUGUGGAACAGAAGUGAAAACAGAAAAUGGAUAUUUAGGAUUUCAUAGAUUGAUUGUUGAUUGUCUGUAUGGAAUGCUGCAAGACAGAAUAUGUAAAUACCCAAAAUCUUUUUCUUAUUGCCACGGGGAGCUAUAUAAUUGGAUAAAGCUACAAAAACAACAUCAUUUUGAAUACAUUACUAAAUGCGACGUGGAAGUGAUUAUGCAUUUAUAUGCAAGUGGUGGUGUUGACAAUGUUGCCCGAUCUCUGGAUGGUGUAUUUGCAUUUUGUUUAAUGGAUGUUGUCAAAAGGAGAAUUCUAAUAGGCAGAGAUCCAUAUGGUGUAAGACCACUAUUUAAAUUAUAUUCAGAUGAUGGGCAGUUAGCCAUUUCUUCAGAAAGCAAGGGUUUAAUGGAAAUUUCAAAACGCAUAAAUGGCAAUUGGACACUAGAACCAUUUCGUCCAGGCCAUUAUGAGGAAUAUGAAAUUUUACAUGAUGGUCGAACAAAGAUGCUGUCUAAUAUCAAUUAUUAUAAACCUGGUGACAAACCUUUUUUUCAGGUGUAUACUCCUUGGUCUACUUUGAAUCCAAAAGAUAUCCAUGGCAACAUUCGAAAGCUACUUUCAACAGCAGUGGAAAAACGAUUAAUGGCUGAUAGACGAAUAGGAUGCCUAUUGUCAGGUGGAUUAGAUUCUAGUUUAGUUGCAGCUCUACUAGUGAAACAUGCGAAAGAACACAAUUUACCAUACAAGAUUCAGAGUUUUGCAAUAGGUAUGGGUGACAGUCCAGAUAUUAUUGCUGCAAAACAGGUUGCAGAUUACAUUGGAAGUGAACAUCAUGAAAUCAUCUUUACAGAGAAAGAUGUAAUUGAAGUAUUGAAUAAAGUUAUUUAUUCACUGGAAACAUACGACAUUACGACUAUUCGAGCUUCAAUAGGAAUGUAUCUCAUUUCGAGAUAUAUAAAACAGAAUACAGAAACAACUGUGAUCUUCAGUGGAGAAGGUGCUGAUGAGCUGGCACAGGGCUAUAUUUAUUUCAGAGAUGCACCUACUGCAGCAGAUGCCCAUAAUGAAUCUCUAAGAUUAUUGAAGGACAUAUAUUUAUAUGAUGGAUUAAGAGCUGAUCGCACAACAAGUGCAUUUAGUUUGGAGUUGAGAGUACCAUUUUUGGAUCUCCAGUUUACGUCGUAUUAUUUGUCCUUGGAUCCUAAUAUGCGACAACCUCAAAAUGGAAUCGAAAAGCAUUUAUUAAGAUCUGCUUUUGAUGGGACUGGUUUAUUACCUUCACAUAUACUGUGGAGGCAUAAAGAAGCUUUUAGUGAUGGAGUUGCAUCUAUCAAGAAAUCUCUUUUUCAAAUAAUCCAAGAAAUAGUAGAAGAUCGUAUUAAGGAUGAAGAUUUAAAUGCUGCUUACACAAAAUAUCCUCAUUGCACUCCAAGAACAAAAGAAGCACUUUAUUAUAGAAAUACCUUUGAAUCAUAUUACAAAGGGCAAGCAGAAAGUUUUACACCUUAUUUUUGGAUGCCACGUUGGGUGAAAAAUGUUACAGACCCAUCUGCUAGAUUCAUCAAACAUUAUGCCGCGAAUGUUGAUGAAAAAGAACAGCUAAAAACAACUUAAAAAA